CAAAGUAGUAUCAGUCAUCGUUAAUCAAGUAAUAGAUAAAUCAUCGAUAAAAAAAUUACGAUCUCUCUUAUUGAAUUUAAGUAUAAAAGUAAAAUAAACUUUUAGUUCGUUAUUAAUUAUAUUGACGAAAGUUUAAAUUGUUUUUUUCAUUAUUUUGUGUAAAAUGGCGCUAUCCACCACACAAAAAAUAUGCGGCAGAUUAGCAGGUAUACUAGGAACGUUGCAAGGAUUAACAUGGGCCAGUUUGUCGUUAACAUCAAUCAUUAUGUACUACGAAAAUGAUAACGACGGUACAAAUACUACAUAUUCUUUAAAUAACGGUUUAUACGAAUAUUAUUUAGAUAAAGCUUCAAACGAACCUUGGAGAACAAUUAGAUCGAGCGAUUUUAUUAUUCUCAUGUGGAUAUACUUUUUUAUAAGCGUCGCUUGGUCCACUAUAUCUUUAGAUUUAUUUUUAGCUAUUAAAUAUAAUAAAACAAGAUAUACGUUUUUGAAAAUAACGUGGGGAAUACUUACGAUUGCAAUAUCAGUUAUUGAUUUGGUAUUAACUGCAUUGCUGUUGAGGGACUAUUUAAAUUGUCAAAAUAAUAAUGAAACGGAGUAUGACGAAUUGAUUUGCCAUACUGUAAUCGGUACCGUUAUGUGUUUAGCCUCACGAGGUUUCGUCUUGUGGAUUAUGAACGCUACAUUGGCCAUAUCAGAAAUUGUAUCUGGUAUAAAAAUUGUCAGUGGUAGACAAAUUGUAAAUGGACGUAGCGAUAUUACGAUUCCCAGAGCUAAAUUAGAUAGGGGUCAAGAUGGUGGUUCUUUGGAUUUGAAUACAAGAUUUUCGUCGUUUCCUACUGGUAAUCAAACACCGCCGGUAAAUUCGUUCAAUCAACGAGAAUACAGAUAUUAAUAAAUUGUUUUUUUAAUU